AAAUACCAAAUCGAUGGUCUUACUAACAAAAUGCAAUACGCAUUUUAGUUGUCUUUCAAUCGUGUACGGAAAAGCUUCAAAAAAUGCUCCCAGCAGUGAUUAAAAUAUUCUCAUUUGCCCUCCUCAUUGGAACAGCAACUGCCCUCGAGUGCCAUUCCUGCCACAGCGCACAAAUUGGCGAUGAUUGUAUGUGGAAGAAUAGUUCUUCCAAAUGGUCCACAACAACAUGUGCUGCUGGUGAAACGGUGUGCUACAUCAAACUAGCACGUGUCUCAUCAAAUGAUACGACGGGUAUUGCAGAGAGAGGUUGUGGAUUAAAUAUGAACCUCUGUAAGGAUUGGCUGGAGCCCAAGGAAGAUUCUAAGGCUGCAAUAAGCCCCCGAAUUGCCCUCAAUUGCUACGUGUGCAAUACACAAAAGUGCAAUGAAAGGGAUGCUUUAGGAGUAUCAACGAGGAUGUCCCUCAAUAUUUUUUUACUUCUCCUUUCUCUACUUCCCUUUGUGAAGAAAAUUCAUUUCUAAUGCAGAAAUUGUUAAUUUUAAAAUAAAAAAGAAAUAUAUUUAAAAGGUUCUUAACAACAAGAAUAAAUCCUUUUUAAAAAAAUUGUAAAAAAAAAA